AUGCCUCCGACCGCGCGCCUCCGCCCUGAUGGUGGCGCCGACGCGACCGAGUACCCCAGCGCUGCCGCCGCGCUGACCGCCGCCGCCACCUUGGGCGGCGGGACCGUCCUACUCGGCGCUGGGACAUACCGCGAGGGCACGUUGCACGUGCCGGCCGGCGUCUCGCUCCUCGGUGAGGGUGCCGGGUCGACGGUGGUCGAGGGCUCGGACGGGAGCGCAAUUGUCUGCGCUGGAAGCGCCGUGCGCGUCGCAAACCUCGAGGCUCGCCAGCCCAUCGACACGCCCAAGGCUCCGGCCUACGCACUGGAGGUCCGAGGCGCUGCCGCCGGAGACGGCGUCUCGAUCGAUGGCUGCCGGCUGGUGGCAGUCUCGGCGGCGCGGCUCUCCGCCGCGGUGCUGGUGCACGGAUCGUCCGCCUCCCUCUCCGCCUGCACCCUCGAGGCCCCCUCCUCGCACGGCGCCGUGCUCGCGGCGAGAGGCGCUCUGCGCGUGUCUGGCGGAGAGCUGGCCCGGUGCGGCGGCUGCGGGUUCCUCGUGCUCUCGAGCUGCGCACUGACCGCCGAGGGCGUGGCCGUGCGCGGCUGCCGCGAGAGCGCCCUCCUCCUCUCCGGCAAGGCCGCCUCGGCCACGCUGCGAGCGUUGGGGAAGGCGGCGCAGCGACCGUCCGCAAGACGAGCCACCUUUCACAUGGAGUCACCUCCUCCUGUAGAGCUCUAG